AUGUUCAGACAGGCAUUAAAAGUUUCCCACAGAAGAGUUUUACCCUCUAUUGGUCGUACGACCCAAAUAGCUCCCAUUUUACGCAGAUCAAAUCCUAAUUUGUGUAUGCCCUUCAGAUCAUAUGCUCUUUCUACUGAAGGUGAAGAUGUUGACAAUAAAGUGGAUGCAUUAACGUUAGGUCAAUAUAAUAACGUUGCGAAUGAAUACUUAGAAACAUUAGGUGAUGAGUUAGAGAUGUUAUCUGAAGAUUUUCCCCAGAUCGAUUGUGAAUUAACUCAAGGUGUCAUGACAUUGUCGGUGCCACCAAAUGGAACGUAUGUUAUUAAUAAGCAGCCACCAAACAAGCAAAUUUGGUUGAGUAGUCCUAUUAGUGGUCCUAAAAGGUAUGAUAUGAUAGGUGGAAAAUGGAUCACCUUGAGAGAUGGUUCUGCCUUAACAACCCUCUUAGAAGAAGAAAUAUCAGCUGCAUUAGAAGAAGAGUUCCACUUUGAAGGCAUUGAAAACUAA